AUGCGCAAGCGGCAAUAUCCAGUAAAAUCCUUGGAGACGAAGCCGGAACUGCACCCUGUGGAUGCAACAUCUGCGCCGGUAACAGCACCAUAUGUGAUGGACAGCAGUUGCCACAAUGUCGACCGACAAUUUGUACCGGAGAGAAUGCCUUUUCUGGCUGCGGGUGAAAUGGAACUGUCCGUGGGAACUCAGCUCUUCACCAUCCUCCUUUGGGCAGUGGUUCUGGAGUUGGGAGAGGUCAUUGAGGCGUGUCGUGAGUUGGUCCUCCAAGACGCGGACCCCUCCACAGUAGCUUUGGUGCUGGCUGUGGGUCAUGCCAUCGGCGACGAUGUGCUUCUCAGACACGCCUACUGGCGCAUACGCGAAGAGCUAUGUGGUGCCACAGGGGUGCCAGAAGAGUGGCUGCAGGGUGCGAACCCUGUCCGACUUUUGAAAGGUGGGUACCUUGCUCACCGGACGAUCUGCAAGACUCCUCUGAAAGUUCUGUCAAAGGCAUUGGAGGAGGACAUUGCCGCAAAGCACAGGCAAUGGCUCACCUCCACGGACUGCUACACACUCUGCCAGGUCCAUCGGACGCGUUCUGAGGAUGGGGGUUACCCGCACUUCUACGAGCUGCGCCUUGAUCACUCGGACGAAAUCCUGAUGACGGCACAGAGGGAAGAUGAGCAGAGCCCUUGCCGAAUCUAUGCCCACAAGGCAGCUGGCUCUGAGAAGUCAGAGCACUGCCAGGAAUACAUCGGCAGUGUGGUUCCGAACUUUUGGGGGACUCUCUUCACGCUGUAUGACAGUGGGGCGGAUGUCGAGGAGCUCAUGAAACGUGGAGAUUGGCUCCGCGGUCUACCACUGAGGCCGCGGAAGACCAUUGUGAAAAUCGGCUACGAUACCAAUGUGUUCGGGGACAGCCCAAGGAGAGUGUCAGUGGAGUAUGUGCACAACAGUGAAAGGCCAAAGAUGGAGAAUCUGAAGCCGCGAUGGGACAAGAAGCUGAACUCCUAUGCCUUGCCCUUCUUUGGACGGGUGAAGAAAGCGAGCGCAAAGAAUUUUCAGCUCGUGGUGAAUGCAGAUCCGAACACCAUUUUUCUGAUGUUCGGGAAGGUGUCAAAGGACGUCUUCUGCUUGGACUUCCGGGGGCCCAUUGCCCCCUUGGAAGCUUUUGCCAUAGCGGCAGCUGCUUUGGCGGAGAAGCGAGCGGUGAGUUGA